CGAGACUGUGAUAGCUCGUUUCAAGGACUUAGGAUUCACUUACACUGGGUCAGAAGAGACUUUCAACGAUAUGGUCAGAGACCACGUGAAGAGAAACUUUCCCCAGUGGAUGUAUGGUCUCCAAGACCGAAUUUUCAAGAAGUAUAAGGAUCUGAAUCAGAGAAUGAACCAUACCACCACCUCAAAUUAGUCCAUCAAUUUGGAGGGAGAUGGUUCAGAAAUGGACUAACCCGAAUUGGGUGGAAAUGAGUGAUAAGAAUAAAGGGAAUCGGGAGAAGAGUGAGCUUGCAGCCACUGGCGGUUCAGCACCGUUGGCCAAGUAUAGACAUGAAGAGGAUGGAAUGGUACAAGCAGAGGCUGAAAAGGUAUCCCAAGGGGAAGAACCAAACAAAUUUGCCAUCUAUCAAGAAGUGAUCGGACCACAACGCCCAAAGCGUGUUCUAGGGAUGGGCCAUGGGGUGAGCUCGGUCGAUGUCUUCGGUCCCCCAUCGAGUCAAGGUAGUCAGGGUUGCAGCAAGCUUUGUCAGGAGGAUCGAACCAAAGAAAGGGGGAAAAAUGAUGAGAAAAUGAAGAAGUUGGAGGAUGAGAUCGUAGAUGUGAGGAAUGCAGUCCCUCACAUUGUUGAAUCUGUCUUGAAGAGACUUGGAGUGCGGUUGCCCGAGUCAUUCGACAUGGAUCUCAACAGUGAAGAAAAUGGGGAACAAGGUCGAGUUGGGGAAACUCAGGGUAACGAUGUGGCCGACGACGAGUUCGACGACGAGUCUGAUGUGGAGACUGCAGAGGAGACUGCUGCUGAUGCAUGAAUUUCUUUUGAAUCCUAUCGUAGGAUUCUAAGUAUCGCUUGACUUUGGGAUAUUUUGUGUCAUUUUCGGAGGAUAUUUUGCCAUUUGAAGUUUGGAUGUUUGCUCGUAGCUGAUGGCUACUUGUUAGACAGUUUGAAAGUUAAUUUUGGAAUAUGCAUAACUUUGUUUGGAUGAUUUGUUUGUUUUGUCAUCACUAAAAGUGUAAUGGCGUCACAAAUGAAAUUUGAUCAAGCAAUGACAAUAAUUAAGUGUCAUUAGUAAAUGUAGUUUCUCCGACGACGUGUUGGAAAAGAUAAUUUUUGGUGAUAAUUACCUGUCCUUAGUAAAAAUAUUUUUUCCGA